CCAAAAAUACGUGUCGGCUGUCGCAUUACUCGUACCGAUUACAUUAUCCGUGUAUUCUGUGUUUUUUGUGUAUUAUGAAGUGUUUUUACCAAAUCCAUAACAAUAGUGGCCUCUGACAAUGCAGGGAUACGUUCCCAGGCUACACAAUUUCUCUUACCGCGCGUUCUGUGUGUGAAAAACGAAGUCAUGUUCUAGUGCCGUGUUUCAAAGUUUAGGGAAAAAACAUGGAUGUGUCUCUAGAUAAGGAUUGGAAGAACAAGGUUGGAUUCCAAAUCAACUUCAAAUCGGAUUCUGAAGAAGAUCCUGACCUAGCAGACGUGGUAAUGCGUCGGCCGCCGCCGUCGCGUCGCUCCACCGAUUACCUACUCGACGACGUCGGCGAUGGGGCUGAAGCUGACCUGCUGAGCAGCACUCCACCGAGGGCACUUAUCAGGAAAAAGGAGAAGGCGAGAAGGGAAAACAUUGACGAGGCGAGGUUCCAGAAAAUGAUGCGUGACAGAAGAAACACAACUGUCUACGUGUCUUCCAACGAUUCUCUUGUCAUACCAGAGCGUUUAAAAAAGCGAUGGAGCUUAAAACGGUCAACCGACAGAGACUGGAAGAACGAGAUGGGAAACCGAGGAGAGCAGAAAGCGGACUCCCUCCCUCUCACAGAAACGCCCGCCGUGCCUACUCUGGUGGAAUCUUGCAGUCGCUUCAUGUCGCUAACCUCGCGCCUCAAAUGCCGCGCCUCGCACGCCGAACACACGGACGAGAGGGAAACACCUCAAGAGCAGCUGCCAGAAUCUCGGGUCAACUUCCACAGGACCUUCAGCAUGCUUAUCAAUAUGGGGAAUGUGGACAAGGGCUGUAGAAGGACGAUAAGCCGCGAAGAGCAAGUAUGGCAGAACGAGCUAAAAGAUCUGAUUUGGCUCGAGCUGCAAGCCAAGAUCGCCGGCCGCACGCUGGCGCAGCAAGAUCUCUUCCUCUGCCAUCAGAGAAACGUUAUACCUACGCUCAUUAAGAAUAUUAUUGAUUAUAAGUUUGUAAACCCGAAUCCUUGCAAAGGCCGCUCGAAGCGUCUUUGCGCGGCCAACGGUUCGUGCGAAGAUCUCAGUAAAGAAGACCCUGUCGAUGAAACAGAGGAGGACAAACUCGGCUGCUUAUCCUUCGACUGCCGUCUAUGCUCGUCCGCCAUUGGCGCAGCCAUGACAGAAGUCCGAACACUGCUGGAGUCCUUCCACCGAGCCAGCGCCCUGUACCCGUCCACACAGGCCAUGACGGCAGACCACAACCUGCUAGCCACCAGUCUGUUCCAAAAUAGAAUUAAGGCUCUUUGUCUCUGGUACAACAUGGCAAUGCAUAUGCGACUGAAAAUCUUGUCAGUCCGUCGUCUGUUGGCCACCGUCGCGGCGAAGGGCCGGCCAACUAUGUCCGAGGAGUACUUCGUCGAGCCUAGCAUAGACGGAGUAAGCACAGAACGCGACGCAGACCAAUGCAGCCAGCGUCACGUUCGCUUCAACUGUGAUAACCCUACGAGCUCAUCCAAUAGCGACGAGAGUAGUCGCACGGAGAACCAAUCAGAGGCCGAGAAAGAAUCGGCCGGCCAAUCAGAGCGCGGCACGGUGGAGUCAGGGGUGGCGCAGAGUGAUGGAGAGAAAAAUGUAGAUGAGACUGAUUGUGUUAUUAAGACAGAUGAUACCGGCCAAACUACACCCGAGAUCGUGAUCUCCGACGCAAAAUACAGCACCAACGACACAAGCACGUCGAGCGAGAGCGGCUAUAUGUCAGAGAGAGAGAAGUGGUUCAACUGCAGUUCAUCCGAGUCGGUGUUCAACGUUGGCUCAUUGGCUGACCUCACGAGACUGAGGCUGCUUAACAAAUGCGAUGUGUCGCCUUAUAGAGAGUAUCACUACGAGAUUCUAAAGAUCCAGGGCGUGCGUCGGUCCAUGAUGUUCAUACACAAACUGCGGAAGAAGUUGCUUAGCAAAGUCUACCUCACAUUCUUGGAGCCGGAACCUGAGAGCCCUCUGGACGAGUUGAGUAGAGAAGAAGACCCGACAGAGGAAAAGGAUGACAAGGCACAGAGGGCCAAGGAAGUAGAAGACGACCACGAGUUGAGAAGAUUCGGGUGCUGGUCCGAAGAAACCCUAUCAAUGGGGUUACCCUCGUACCGUAACCACUUUCUGCUGCUCAGCAGUAUUUGCAUGGAGGCCGUGCAUGAUUACCUCACGUUGAGGCUCGAUUGCCGCCCUGAACAUCCCUCUUGUCUCACUAUAAAGCAGCUAAUUCACGAAUUAAAAGAGGGUCUGGACAUCGCAACGACCAUGCGUCAAGCGUUUGUGGGUAACAUCGAGGUGGCGUUACGCGGCUGCCGCGCCGGCCACGCCGCGAGACAGGACUUGUUACUCAUCAUUAAGACCUUCGACGCCAGUGUGGAAGACGUCUUUAAGCAAUACCUAUCCUACUUAACCUCCAUGUCGGAAGUCGAGCACAUGCCGCGCUCGAGCCUGGAGGCCGAAUGGAGCUUCGUGGCCCAAGUCGCCGAGCGGGGAUCGUGGGUCAAAGACCUCGCGCCCGUCGCCUUCACUGACAUCGCAUGUAACCAGCUUAAUAGAGUAAUGAAACAAUUCGAGGCUAAAAUAAGAGCAAUCGAUGACGUUAACAGAGAGUCGGAGCAACCGGACAGAUACACGUUCUACACACUAUGCCGGUUAGCGCAGAGCGUGUUCGCUAGCGAGCGCGAGGCGGCACUCCAAGCGGCUGCGUUCGCGCGUGCUCUUGCCGCGCACCACGCUCGUUCCGGCUCGGACGCGAGGCGCUCUAGACGCAGGAUCUACGAAAGUCUUUUCCGACUGCGCGAAUGCAUCGUCCGUCACACCAUGAAAAUACUCGAGCACGCUAGCCAAAGUCCUCCAGAGGAAUACCUUCACGAACUCACCGACGGCGUCGUGGCUAGGAUCAAAGAUUUGCUACUACAGAUAUACAAGCUUGGAUUUGAGCUCCACCGCGAAUGCUACAAAUUCGUUCACGGCAACAAGCCGCCGCCGCGUCGCCAGCGCCCGUCGUCACUGCAACCGCCGCGGGCCAGGUUCAUGCGAGAGCGGCCGAGACGACCCGAGACCGUGCUAGUGCCUGAGUCCUUCAAUAUGGUGAUACACAGAGAGCUGCACCGCUUCGUUAAGGAGCGGUUCGGCCGCUUAUGCCGACCUCCCGGUGCGCGCUGGCUGCUACGCUCAGAGUCUGUCACUGAAGACGAACCAGACGGGACCUUCGCUGAGAUAGACUAUCCUGAUGUCAAGAGCCAAGUGUCAAUAGAAGAGCUCCUCGGUUCCUCGCCGCCGCCACCCCCGCCCCGUCCAGAAGAAGAACCUCACACUGAUGAGGAGGCGUGGAGCGCGGCGGUCGCUCGCGCUAUAGUGUCUUUUGCCCGUUGUUGGAUGCGCUUCGUCAUGGAGCGGUGCGAACGCGGACGCGGCAGGCGACCAAGAUGGGCGAGUCAAGGUCUGGAGUUCCUAAUGCUGGCAUGCGAUCCGUACAACACGAGGCAUCUCAGCGAUGAAGAAUUCGAGGAGCUAAAACAUCUCAUGGACGGUUGCAUAUCUCACGUUAUCGGAUCGCGCGGCACCACUCGCGGUUCAGACUCGGAACCUUCGCCGCGGCCGCGACAUCGAUUGCAUAGUCCCAUGCCAAGCCAGUCGGGUGCUUCCAAAGAAAGCCCCACACCAUCAACUCCGCCUGGAGAUCCCGAGGCAGCUCCCAACUUCAACGUACCUGAACCACAUGCACGCACUAGAAGCGUGAUGGAAGCGAUAAAGAAACUAGAUUUGUCCCGCGACGCGGCCCUGCGUUCUAUGAAGGCGGUGGGCCGAGUGGCGGAGCCCGCUGUCACGAGUUACGAGCCGAGGGUUAGACAGGUCACCUUCAAGUGGCAGCGUGGAUUGAAAAUUGGCGCUGGGACUUUUGGCAAGGUGUACACUGUAGUCAACACAGAAACGGGUCAACUCCUCGCCAUGAAGGAAGUCAGCAUCGCCGCGGGCGACCGGCGCGCCAUGCAGCGCGCGGCCAACGAGCUGCGGGCUGAGGGGGCGCAGCAUCCACACCUAGUGCGGUACUACGGGAUAGAGGUUCAUAGGGAGGAAAUGUUGAUCUUCAUGGAGCUAUGCGUGGAAGGGUCUCUGGAGACCCUCAUAGCUACAUCAGGCGCGCUACCUGAACAGACGGUCCGGCGGUACACGGCGCAACUACUCAGCGCGGUUUCAGAGUUGCAUGCGAGGAACAUAGCACAUAGGGAUAUUAAAAGUGGCAAUAUAUUCCUGAUGAACGAAGGCCAUUGCCUGAAGCUGGGUGAUUUCGGGUGCGCGGUCAAGAUCCGCGCAACCACCACUGCAGCGGGAGAGCUGCAGGGUUACGUCGGAACACAAGCAUAUAUGGCGCCCGAGGUGUUCAUGAAAUCUGACGGGCACGGGCGCGCUACAGACAUUUGGUCGCUCGGCUGCGUCGUCACGGAAAUGGCUUCUGGCAAGCGACCAUUCUUCGAGUACGAUAGCAACUACCAAAUAAUGUUCGUAGUCGGCAUGGGAGGCCGACCGCACAUACACGAGACACUCUCUGAAGAGGGACAACAGUUCUGCUUGCUCUGUCUAACACACGACCCCGACAAGAGGCCGAAGGCUGAGGCGCUCAAGUUACACCACUUUCUCAUGGUGAAAAAUGACGAAUGUUUCGAAUGCCAGCCCGGAAAGUUCCUAUAAAUCUAUAAGGACGACUUUGGUGACAAGGGGAGUGUAUAGGGACUGAUUUUCAUUUUGACAGCUCGAGUUUUGAUCAAGAAUAUGAAGAACUGGCACGAAUGGAUGAAUGAAUGAAAAUGUCUAUGAAAUAAAACUAUGGAAACGGAUUAAAUCGCGUAUAAUGAAUUUAAAAUACAUCCCGACGUUUCGAACUCUUUACAGCG